AUGUAUUUAAUUGUAAAUGGGUUAUCGACCAUCGCCAUAAUGAUCAUGAAAAAGUUUCAAUGCACUUUCCAUGCAUUACUUCUAAUUUUAGAAAAGAAUUUCUCUUCAAUCGAAAGACGCACUCAACAAUUAUUGAAGUACACUCGAAUUUUUUUGGGACUUAAAUGUCGUCACGAUAUCCACAAAUCCAAUAAUGCUUUGGAAGAUGUAGAAUCUCUUUAUACCUCAUCACGGUCGUGUAGGAAAGGCAAAGCACCUUUUAAUGAAAUGAUACAGAACAGAGAACGGGAGAGUUACGGGUCAUUAGAAAACAUCAAAAUCCACUUAGAUGAACGAGAUUGCUAA